UUUUUUUUUUUUUACCCCGGAAACAGAGAUCAUUAUGCCAUCUACAAAUAGUAUCUAUAUUUUUCGACAUAUUCAAACACAACAGGUGUUGAUUAGUCUAAGACAAAGUAUGAAGUCAAGAGUAUUAAAUCAACUUGGUACAACUGUUCGACCUACUAAUUUACGAAAAGACUUGUGGCGUCCUUUAGUAGCUUUGACAGGCUUUCAAACAACUCAAGCAGCACAAGCUGUUACAGAUGCUCUCCUUCAUCACUCGAAAGAUCUCCAACUGAAACAAAAAAUGGAUAAAGAUCAUAUAUUACAACCAAAACGUUUAAGAGUAGUUGAAGAGAAGAAUAUGGUUGAAAAAUCAAUUGUAGCGUUACGUAAGGCGCUGGAAUCAGUAGCAGCAUCUAGAAAUGAAACACGUUUAUUGGCGCUUUGGGAACAACCUUACUUUAUGGAAUUAAAAGGUGAUAAAGAAUGGCCUUCAUUUUUAGAGCAUGGUCAGUUAGAAUUAAGGAAUAAUCGUUUUGUUAAGGGAUCAAAACAGUAAAUAAUGUAUAGAGGAACUAAAUUUUUAUAUUUAACUACAAAAAGAAAAUGAUAAUAAUAAUAAAAAGAGGGGAAGCAUACUCUGUAUACAUCUGUUAUAUAUAAA